GGAAAUGCAGUGGGACUUUUUUUGUUUAUAAAAUUCCAUAAAUAUUUGUUUUUGGUCCACUUUUCAUUUACGUAUGUUAUAAUGAAUGUGAGUCUCCAGACAUGCACUGCCAGCAGCUGUCCUCACAGUCCCAGGACCGGAACCUGUUGCUCAGCUCUUAUAUCUUUACAUCAGACCUACUCUCUGCUCUCUCUUCCAAAAAUAUGAACUAUUUCACAACCACAUUGCUGCACCGACUCUGCAAAGAGCUGCGAAAGAGAGCUGUAAACCAGCAGCUGUUAUGUGUCUCUGUCUGCUGUGCGUUUCAGUUCAGCUGCAUUGGUAGGACCCGCAGUUACAGUAGAAAGAGAAAGAAAAAGGUCUCUGUGCCGUAAUGGCACAGCUGGCAUGGCUGGAAGUCGCUUCGGAUAAAAGCGUCUGUUAAAUGAAUUAAUGUAAAUAAAUGUGAUGGCUGAAUGAAUAAUUUUGUUCCCUUUGAUUCUUCUCACUUGGAUGCACCUGCAGCUGUGUUGCUGUGCAGACUUACUGUUCUCCCCCUGCCCAGUCUGCUAACAUGGAGGCCAGGGGAAAGUACGAUUUUGACGCCACGGAGGAAGAUGAGCUGAGCUUCAGGAAGGGCGACGUGAUCAAGAUCCUAGGUGCUGAGGACGACUGGCUGAAAGCUGAAAUGAACGGCCUCCGAGGCUUUGUGCCCAAGAACUAUGUUGACAGAUCAAUCCCAAGCUGGUUCCAGGAGGAUGCAACCCGCAGCACUGCAGAGGAUGUGCUGAGGUCCCACCAGGUGGGCAGCUUCCUGAUCCGAGGGAGCCAGAACUCCCCUGGAGACUUCUCCAUCUCCGUCAGACAUGAGUUUGAUGUGCAGCACUUCAGGGUGAUGAAGGACAGCAAGGGAGCCUACUUCCUGUGGGCGGAGAAGUUCACUUCCCUUAACAAGAUGGUGAACUACUACAAGACCAACUCCAUUUCCAAACAGUCGGACAUCUUCCUGCACGACGGUAGUCAAGACGGCAGGAGCCUAGCGACCACCCAACAGAUGAAGAGAGGCAGCCUUCCUGACCCAAGGGCUCAGGGCCACCAGGCCAGCGGUCCAGCGUCGCGCCGCGCGUCAGAGCAGUCCCACAGCCAGACGAGUAAGAGAGUGAUGGAGGAGAGAGCUCACACCAUCGGUAGCGUUGGGAGAAGCAGCCCUGCAGCCUCCCUUCCUGCCCCCCGCAGGACCUCUGAGCCCACCCCCCUCCCUCAGGUGAGAGCACUGUAUGACUUCAUAGCUGAGGAAGAGGACGAGCUGGGGUUCUCCAUCGGUGAUGUCAUCGAGGUUAUUGACCGUCCAGAUCCCUCGUGGUGGAAAGGCCGGCUGCGAGGCAAAAGCGGGCUGUUCCCCUCCAACUACAUCACCUCCCUGUGAGAGAGGACCUGGAACCGUGCCUCAGGAACACACCUGGGCCCUGUCCACAGUGGCAGGUCUGAUCAGCCACAUGGGCUGUGCUGGUGGGGCCACGGAGACAACUGUUGCCACAGCAGGAGAGUUUGUAUCAACAUUACUUGUUGGAGGGACGCACUGCACUCCCAUGAUAUCCUGUUUAGCGAUGGUGUGAUGAUUUCUUUCUUUUUUUUAAGUGUUCCGACAUAUCUGAGAUGACAAAGACAAAGCAGGCACACACAUAUGUUUUUAUAUUAAGCUCCUCUCGUUUUGAUCAGUUCAGAAAUGUUAUUCGAUAUUGGAUGGCCUACAGUUGGCCUUGGCAAGUAAACAUGUUUAAAGUAGACUGUAACCCUCUCUGAGAUUUGUAUUUCAAACAAACGGCACUCUUUUCCAGGUUUAACGUUCUGUGAAAAUAAAAUAAUGAGACCCUA